AUGGCCUGCUGUCAAACCAGCUUCUGUGGAUUUCCCAGCUGCUCCUGUGGGACCUGUGGCCCCAGCUGCUGCCAGCCAACCUGCUGCCAGACCAGCUGCUGCCAGCCAACCUGCUGCCAGACCAGCUGCUGCCAGCCAACUUGCUGCCAGACCAGCUGCUGUGGCACCGGCUGUGGCACCGGCUGUGGCACUGGCUGUGGCCAGGAUUGUGGCUGUGGAGGUGUGAGCUGCCGCACCAGGUGGUGCCGCCCUGACUGCCGCGUGGAGGACACCUGCCUGCCCCCCUGCUGCGUGGUGAGCUGCACCCCCCCAACCUGCUGCCAGCUGCACCAUGCCCAGGCCGCCUGCUGCCGCCCGUCCUACUGUGGACAGUCCUGCUGCCGCCCAGCCUGCUGCUGCUACUGCUGUGAGCCCACCUGCUAA